AUGGAAAUCAAAUCAGGAAAUCUUAGCCACCCCCGAGAAUUUGUGCUUCUGGGCUUCUCAGGACUCUGGGAGCUGCAGAACACCCUCUUUGCCAUCUUUUUAAUACUCUAUUUGAUAACAAUAACUGGGAAUGCAACAGUGAUUGUCUUGAUCCAUUUGGAUUCCCGUCUCCAUACCCCCAUGUACUUCUUCUUGAGCACCUUCUCUUUGGUGGAGACCCUGGUCAUCACAACAAUCAUCCCCCGGAUGCUGGUGGAUCUCCUGAUUGAGAAGAAAACCAUCUCCUUCACAUGGUGCCUCACCCAGUUCUACUUCUACUUCUCCUUAGGGCUGACAGAUUUCCUUCUCCUGGCAGCCAUGUCAAUCGAUCGGUAUGUGGCUAUAUGUCACCCCCUGCAUUAUUCCACCAUCAUGAGCAGCCGCCUCUGCAACUCACUGGUCCUUGGCUCCCUGGCCUCUGCCUUCCUCACCAUGAUUCCAACCACCAUUUGGAUGGCCAGGCUGUCAUUCUGCAGAAGCAAUGUCAUAAACCACUUUUUCUGUGACAACGUGCCCCUCAUCAAACUCUCCUGCUCAGACACCCGCCUCAUCGAGCUCUGGGAUUUUCUUCUUGCUCUCAUCUUCAUCCUGAGUUCCCUGUUGGUGACAGUUGUCUCAUAUGUUGCAAUCAUUUCCACUAUCCUGAGGAUCCCAUCUGCCAGCAGUCAACAGAAGGCCCUCUCUACCUGUGCCUCACAUUUCACAGUGGUGGUGAUUGGCUAUGGCAGCACCAUCUUCAUCUAUGUGAGGCCUAGCAAAGGCAGCUCCAUGGACAUAAACAAAAUGCUCUCUCUGCUGACAUCUGUCUUGACCCCGCUCCUGAACCCCUUCAUCUUCACUCUGAGGAAUAAGAAGGUCAAGGAGGUUUUCAGAGACAGGCUGUGGAAGUUGAGAGGCUUCCCAGGAACGUGA